AUGAAGCUGAUGGAUGAGGUUGAGAAGGAUACUUUGAACACCUUAGUUCCUGUGUUCCAACAGAUGUGGAAGCUAAAUCCAAAUGGGACCAUGGUAAACAGUUACUCUGGUCUGUGUGCAAUAGCAGAAUUUGCCAAAGAUGGUAUUAGUCCUGGUGGGAUUCGCUCUUGGAUUGCAAAAGGAAGAAGAGGUGAACUGUAUGUUGCUUUCUUCAAUUUAAGUGAACAAAAGGCAAUGAUAAGUACAAAGACAUCAUCUCUGGCUGAAGUAUCUUUUUCUGAUGAAUUGAACCAAUUGAGAACUUGA